UUAUUUUUUUUAACACAUAUACAUAUUUCAUCAACAGUUAGACAAUUCAUCAUGUCGUAUGCACAGUUUUUGUCAAGUGGGCUGUUGAUUUUUUCAUGUUAUGUGUUGAGUAUAGUGUUUGGUUGCUUUCCGUCGCAAGAGCAUCCACAAGGAAAAUUUUGUCGCAGUUAUUUUGUGAUACAUGGGACAGCGAAAAGUGUCAUAAAGAUAAAUGGACCACCUGGAGACGUUAAUGAUAAUGAUGCUGUGUAUAAAUAUAGUAUACUUGUUAUUAGCAAAUUGAAGGGACCCGACCAGAUAAAGAAAGGCAAAGAGGUUAUAGUUGAAACAUCAGGGAAUGGCGCCCUCUGUUCCAUAAGCUUGACUAUUGGAGAUGAAUAUGUCUUAUCAGGAUUUAAAACUGCAAAUGGUGGAUUUCGAAGCCUUGCUUCAAAUAUUGUUUAUAGGGUCAAAGACCUUGGGACAACGCCAUCGAUUCGGGAUUACUUGUUAGGGACUGGAAUAAACACAUAUAAAAGAAACUGUGAUCGUGGAUGCAAGGAUAUCAGCACAAAAUCUAUCCACUGCAAAAUACCAGAUCCGACUGCUUUACAAUGCUACACGAAUAAUGCAAUAUGUAGAGAGAGAUAUGGUAAAUGCAAGUGGUACAAUGCGGACAGUUGUAAACUCAGUGCCCCUGCAGUUCCCUAAACAAUUCAACAAAAAUUAAUAAACGUAAUCAAACUCACGUUAUCAUAUGAUUAAAAAAUAAAACGUAGCAAGUAAAUUAGUUGAAUACUUUUGUAAAUAAUUACUAUAAAUAAGAAGAUGUGGUAUGAGUGCCAAUGAGACAACUCUCCAUCCAAGUCAUAAUGUAUAAAAAGUAGUUAAAAAUCAUAGGUUAAAU